GAUUGGUAGAGGCUCCAGAGAAAGAGAAAGGAAGGACAAAACGAAAGCAACCUGGCAGAGUGAGGAGAGGCUGCGGGCUGGAGGGGGUUGAGUUUCUGUACCUAGCCCAGGCGCUCAGGAGACUGGCCUGACCCUAUGCCUGAUGCCAAGUGGGGCUGAGGCUAGACCGGGAACCACGUGGGUUUGGAGAACUCAGCAGGGUCCUCAGAGCCACGACUGGAAGGAGGAUUAUGGGCAGUUUAUAUAAAGUCUAAAAUGCAGCAUUUUUUCCUUAAUUGAAGAGAAAAAGAGAACUGUUUGUUUUCUUAAUUUUUACCGUUGAUAAGAGACUGAACGGAGGAUUUGUGGGAUUGCUGGCUUACAGAAGUUGAUGUGGAAUAUAAAUAGUGGCUGGAAAGAACGCUGACAACUUCAGAGCAAAAUGAAGUUCCUGCUGUUGCUCUCAGCCCUUGGGCUCUGCUGGGCUCAGUACGCCCCCAACACCAAGCCUGGGCGCACCUCCAUCGUCCACCUGUUUGAGUGGCGCUGGGCUGACAUCGCCCUGGAAUGUGAGCGGUACUUGGGUCCCAAAGGAUUCGGAGGGGUGCAGGUGGGUCUGGCUCACAGUGUACCUCGUGGGGCUGCUGCGCCUUAUAGCAUAUGGUCUCCUCUGUGUUGGUGCAGCAGAAGCGCUGCCUUUCAGGUGCACAUUUACGUGGAUGCGGUGAUCAACCACAUGUGCGGCAACGGCGUGAGCCCGGGGACCAGCAGCACGUGUGGGAGUUUCUUCAACCCUGGCAGCCGGGACUUCCCCUCCGUCCCGUUCUCGGCCUGGGAUUUCAACGAUGGUAAAUGUAGAACUGCAAGUGGGGACAUCGAGAACUACAAUGACGCUUACCAGGUCAGAGACUGUCGCCUGGUCGGUCUUCUUGACCUCGCCCUGGAGAAAGACUACGUGCGCUCCAAGGUGGCCGAGUACAUGAACCACCUCAUUGACAUCGGGGUGGCGGGCUUCAGAAUCGACGCCUCCAAGCACAUGUGGCCCGGAGACAUGAAGGCGAUUCUGGACAAACUGCAGCCUCUGAACACAACCUGGUUCCCUGAAGGAAGUAAACCUUUCAUUUACCAGGAGGUAAUCGAUCUGGGUGGUGAGCCCAUUAAGAGCAGUGACUACUUCGACAAUGGCCGCGUGACAGAGUUCAAGUACGGUGCCAAACUGGGCACAGUGCUGCGCAAGUGGCAUGGGGAGAAGAUGGCCUAUCUGAGGAACUGGGGAGAAGGCUGGGGCUUCAUGCCUUCCGACAGAGCCCUCGUCUUUGUGGACAACCACGACAACCAGCGGGGACACGGCGCUGGAGGCUCAUCCAUCCUUACCUUCUGGGACCCCAGACUCUACAAAAUGGGAGUGGCAUUUAUGCUCGCCCAUCCAUAUGGGUUCACACGAGUCAUGUCAAGCUUCCGUUGGCCAAGGUAUUUUGUGAAUGGAAAAGAUAUUAAUGAUUGGGUUGGGCCACCAAAUACUAAUGGAGUAAUUAAAGAAGUCACUAUUAACCCAGACACCACCUGCGGCAACGACUGGGUCUGUGAGCAUCGCUGGCGUCAAAUCAGGAACAUGGUCAUGUUCCGCAAUGUGGUUGACGGUGAACUUUUUACCAACUGGUGGGAUAAUGGUAGCAACCAAGUAGCUUUUGGAAGAGGAAACAAAGGAUUCAUUAUCUUUAACAAUGAUGACUGGCCAUUGUCUUCCUAUUUGCAAACGGGUCUUCCUGCUGGCACCUACUGCGAUGUCAUUUCUGGAGAUAAAAUUGGCGACAAGUGUACAGGAAUCAAAAUCUACGUCUCUGCUGACGGCAAAGCUCACUUCUCUAUCAGUAACAAUGCCGAAGAUCCAUUUAUUGCAAUCCAUGCGGAAUCUAAGUUAUAAGAUUUGAAUUAAAUACAUAUGACCCCAGAGAAAUAA